AUGGCUCUCAACUCCGCAUGCACGACAGAAGCCGUGGCUUCAUAUCACGGGCUCGUCAAUGGCCUCCGACAAGCUAAGGUCCGGGCCUUCGUACCGCUGUAUGUCGUCGGGGACAACAAGGCGGUUAUAAACCAGCUUCGAGUGCGUCGGUCACCAGUCCGGCCCAGGCUCUCAACUCUUUACCAGGAGGGUCAAGAGAUCGCAGAUGCUCUUUAUGUGGUUAGCUGGAGCCACUACUCCCACGAGCACAACCUUAUGGCUGCCGGUGCAGCUACUGCUGCGGCUGCAAAUGUGGAAGCCUUAGGGAGACGCACUCUCCAUACUGGGCCUUUCGCUUGCUCUGUUCGAGUGAGCAUGGACAACGAUAUCAACCACUGGUGCGAAAUGUCGCUAUCAGCAGAAUUGGAGAUUCAGUUAGGGUCUCCUGUGCCGCUUGCACGUCGUGCGCCUCCUACCUGGUCUCCUGAACAGCACGCCUCUGCCCUACACGGACGAACUCGGGAUUAG